GUACCUAACUAUACCUAUGUAUCUAUUCGUUUAUUAAAGAAACAUUAAACCUGGACUCGGUCACGUCAAAACUUAAAUGAAUAAUUAUCGAGGAUCUUCGCAUCAUCAACAACAACAACAACAGCAGCAGGAGCUCGUAAUUAAUUAUGAACAUGAAGGAAUCGUUCACUAUUGUUGAUCCGAUUCCUGUUGAAAACGAUCGUGUACGUUCGUUCACUCUAAAUGCGACGGAAUCAACGACCAGAAGAGGAUGUUUUGUGAUCAGAAAAUUACAUAUAAUAUGCGUCUUGGCGGUGAUAUUAGCCAUCGGGAUAAUCGUGGCGUUACAUCAAAAGUAUAAAAAAGAUCAGGAUUCGCCUCUUGUUUCGUCGUGGGAACCGUAUUCCAGCUACGAACCUGGGCCUGCUUUGGAGUAUGGCGCAGAAGACAGUGCUGAGAUGGAAAUCUCGUCGGUGUUCGAACCAAACGAUGGCAUUGCUAGAGGGGAUGAGUAUAACCCGGCUGAAGAGAGUACGUCUUACACGUCGUCUCAAACAGUACAACAAAAUGAAAAUCCUUUAAACAAAAAAGCAUCCAUCGCGGAUCGUACAGCCAAACACUGGGACCCGACAAUUGAAGGAGACAGCACAGAUGUCAGCGAUUUGAAACAUCUCAUACAACCUUUGGCGUACAAGAUUUACAUAGAAAUGCCCGAUAACGUGAACACGUUCAAUGCAUUAGAACAAUUCACUUUUCACGGCAAUGUAUCGAUAAUAAUUCGCGCCAAGCAGGAAAUCAAGUGCAUAAUAAUUGGAGCCAGCGAUUUGAGGAUUAGCUCGGCUAAUUUGAUGUCUCUGGACGAAUCAGAAUACGGUGAAAAUUAUAAGAUAAGCAUCGAUCAAUAUGACGCCGACGAAGGAAUGCUAGUGUUACAAGUAGACAGACCUCUACGUCCGAAUUUCAAGUACAGUUUACAAAUCGAAUACAAUGGCGAUAUACAACAAAUGCCUUACGGCUUGUUCAAAAUAUCCUCCAAUAUGACAGAGACCGGAGAGAUCAAAACAUUAAUAUCUACCAACACAAACGUCCCUUUCGCUCGAACCAUAUUUCCAUGUUUCGAUUUACCAACUCAGACCGCCUCUUACGAGCUGCAUAUAUGUCGAGGUAUGAGUAUGCUUACGGAGGCCAGUAGCCCUUACACAGUAUCUAACACGGAUGAUUCUAGAAUGUGUAUCUGGGAGAAUUUCCAAUCAAGCGACGUAAUGCCUUUACAUUUCUUCGGUUUCGUCAUCUCAGACUACACGUUCAAACGUAUAUCGAUCCCGAAGAAUCGAACAUUCACCGUAUGGACACCUUACAAAACAUGCGACGAAAUCUCAUACGCUCUAGAAAUAGGACCAAGACUGAUCAGCAUUUUAGAUAACUAUUUUGGAAUCGAUUUACCAGUACAGAACAUAGAUAUAUAUCCGGUACCUUCGGUAUUUCCGUACUUAUCUUCCAAAUUGGGUUUGAUUAUAACGCAAGAAUCCGAGAUCUGUAUCAAAGAUUACAUCACAUCUGAGGCGGAAAAAGAGCACAUAGUCAAGAAUCUAGCAGCUCAUCUGAUAGAACAAUGGACAGGUUUCAUAAAUUUCGAAGAAGAACAAGAUAACUGGUUGAAAGAAUCGAUAGUGCAAUAUUUGCAGUACAUCGCUAUGGAUUUGGCUGAGCCCAGAUGGAAAGUAAUGGAGCACUUUUUCGCCGACGUUCAUUUAACGGAAAUGGACACCGAUAUCAUCAACACACACAAAAAAGCGUUAAAUUUAAAAUACGUAUCUCGUCUAAAACGACUCAACAAACACGCUCCUUUGUUUCCCAUAAAAGAAACUUCGGUUUUCAGCAGUCACACUGAUUAUUCGAAAAUUGUUUAUUCCAACACGGACCAAGUUCAAAUCAUACCGGAUAUUUAUUCGGAAAUAUUCGAUCGUAAAGACAUUGAUAAAGGUAUUUGUCUGAUCAGAAUGAUACAACAUAUUGUUACCGAACCGGUGUUUCGAAAAUCCAUUAAAAAAUUCAUCGAAUCGAGCAAAAAAUCAGUAGAAACAGCCGAAGACUUCUGGGACCUUCUGACCAUAGAAGCCGGAACCGGACUGAUUCCACCCGAGAUCUCAUUAAAAGCAGCCAUCAACGAUUGGAUAUACACUCGAGAGUAUCCGGUCAUAAAUGUAACUCGAGACUAUGACAAGAAUACAGUCACAUUUCAACAAUUCGUUGACCCUGAAAAUGAUAGUCGAACAAGUCACCGAUUCUUUGCUUCGAUACCAAUAAGCUACACGACCGAAGAAGAAAAAUGUUUUUCAUCGACAGCGCCGAUAUUCUGGAUGAAGCAUACUAGACAAGCUGUCAGAGACAAUAUAUCAGGACUGAACAGAGAUACUUGGAUUUUGGUCAAUCCUAAACAGACUAAUUUAUACAGAGUAAAUUACGAUUUGACGAACUGGAUAAUGCUGCAAAGAAGCGCAGAACGAGGUGAACUUCCUGCAGAUGUACGGGCCCAUUUGGUAGACGAUGCAUUAUUCUUAGCUCGGAGGGGACAGCUGAGUUACGAUUUUGCGAUGGAUUUUACGAAAAGUUUAUUAAAACUGGAAAAAGAUUACGUUGUUUGGAACACAGCUUUACAUCAAUUUGGAUACAUGAGGAGUGCCAUUAUGAUCGAUGGUGAACAAAAGUACGAAGAUCAACGACUCCUUUUUGAGGGAUUUCUCAAGAACAUCAUCCAGCCUAUAUACACGCAUAUUAAUUUUCACGGUAUAAUAACCAAGAAGUACUACGCUCUGGAUCAGCUAUCGCCUAGCGAACACAACCAGCUACUAAUGGAGUCGCAAAUAUUUCGAUGGGCUUGCGAGGUGAAUAUCGAAAAAUGCUCAGUCAAGGCUAAGAUGGAUUUUAGUCAAUGGAAAAGGCAGCCGAAUCCGCAUCGUAACGUAAUAAAUCCGAACCUACGCUACGCUACUUUAUGUAACGCGAUGCGAGUCGCUGGAGAAUCGGAUUUCGAAUUCUUGUACCAAAUGUAUCGCAGAACGUCGUUCAUGAAUCCGAAUAAAUUCGUGUAUUUGAAGAGCUUAUAUUGUUAUAAUGGAAUCGAGCAAGUUAUACCCAAAAUCCUAUCGUUAACGUUACUAAACGAUUAUUCGAUAACGCAUUUGAACGAAGUCAGCAACAUAUGGCAAGCACUCAUCGAAAACCCGAUCGCAACGACUGCUCCUUUCGACUACACGCUUAUGUAUUGGAAAAGUAUACUGAAAACGUUCGGCGAUUUUAUUCCCAUCAUACGUAAUAUCAUCGAAGGGGCUACAAUCAACAUUCAUAAUGAACAGCAAUUGAACGAGCUGAUCUCCCUCAAGGAUAGUUUUCGCAAUAGUGACAAAACUGACAUCUAUGAAAUUCUAUACGUGUCAUCGAGGCAUGUUCAUAACAGGAUAGCUUGGAAAAAUAAAGAAAUGCCCGGAUUUCUGGCCUGGCUCGAGAAGACUAAACCAGCAGCUCGUUAAUGUUAAGCUAGUUAAUUGGCCUCCUCGUCUGGAUCCAUUUGUAAAUAAAUCGUUUCAAAUUGUC